CGGGAGCCGCGGUACCUUGUGGGAAGGCAGGAAGAUGGCGGCGCCCGUGCGGCGUACUCUGUUAGGGGUGACUGGAGGCUGGCGGCGUCUCGACAGUCUCUGGUCAGGUAGCUCGCAUUCCCGCCGUCUGUCCCUCGAGGCUGCGCCCUCAGGCAGCCGGUCUCCAUGGCGCUUGUGGGGCGCCUUGUGUCUGCAGCGGCCACCGCUGAUCACCAAGCCGCUCACCCCAUUGCAGGAAGAGAUGGCGGGACUACUACAGAAGGUGGAGACAGAGAGAAGUCUGUAUUCAGACCACGAGCUUCGUGCUCUGGAUGAAGCUAAGCGACUGGCAAAGAAGAAAGCCGACCUUUAUGAUGAUGACCAAGACAAGCAAGGCGUUAUGCUUGUACAAGAUUUAGAAGACAUAUGGGAGCAGGCAUUCCUACAAUUCAAACCUGGAGCUCGAGUAACAGAAGCUGAUAAAAAGAAUGACCGAACCUCACUGAAUCGUAAACUAGACAGGAACCUUGUCCUCUUAGUCAGAGAGAAGCUUGGGGAUCGGGAUUUUUGGAUGCUCCCUCAAGUGGAGUGGCAGCCUGGGGAGACCCUUCGAGGGACAGCUGAGCGAAUCCUGUCCACACUCUCAGAAAACAGAAUGGAAGCCAAGUUCCUAGGGAAUGCACCUUGUGGGCACUACAAGUUCAAACUCCCCAAGGCAAUUCGGACAGAGCGUGACAUUGGGGUCAAAGUUUUCUUCUUCAAAGCUCUGCUGCUCACAGGAGAUGUCCCACAGACUGGGAAGGAGGCCCGCCAUGUGUGGGCCAGCAAGGAAGAGCUGGGUGACUAUCUGCAGCCCAAGUACCUGGCUCAGGUCAGGAGAUUUCUUCUGGACUUCUGAUGGAUGCAGCUGCUGUGGACGAUAUGCACACAAGUCAAGUGCUGGGACCUCAGGAGCAAUGCUGAUGCUCAUUUACAGGGACCGCCAAACAUCAAGUGAAAUUCUGAGAAUUAAAUGUGUUUGUCAUUC